AUGCUGGCUUCCCGUGGCGCGGAGGCGGGGAAUAAUGCCCAAUCGGGGAGAAGGGGAAUCUUGGCCAUGGUGGUGCGGGGAGUGGUGUAUGGAAGCUGCAUCUUUGCCGCGGCCUUCUCGGCCACCGUCCUGGCGACUGUGGCGAUGACCGACGCCCCCUGGGCCGAGGCCGUGGUUGCGGCGGCCUAUGGCCGACCGGCCAAUCGUGGCGAUGUCACCGCGGCGGCGUGCCGGGACGCCGUGGGCGUGGGCUUCGCGCUGGGGGCCUGCUUUGGCGUAGGCCUGCUGCUCUGCGUGGAUCUGCUGGUGUACAGGGUGGAGGGCCGAUGGGCGGGGAGGGCCGGCGGGCGGGACGGCGGGAUUUGGGACGGCGCGCUGAUUUUGAGCCGGGGAUCGCCCCUGGGGGGGCUGUUGAAAUCCGCGGCGAGGACGCCUGAGGAUGAGGGAUGCGGGGUAUUGGAGGCGGAGGGGACAUGGGGUAGGCGUGACAACGAUGGCGGCGAUGGCGGCGGAGUCGGGGCUGGGAGGCAUGAGGAGGAGGUGGGGAGGAUUAUGCGACGCGUGGAUUCCGGGCGGUUGAGCGGCGCGGAGAAUGGGGAUGUCAAGCAGAGGGGGGUGCUGGCCGGUUGGGCGAUCCCAGGCGAGGUGGGGAGUUUCCCGCGGGGCUGGCGGCAGGAGGCCGAGCUGUGCCUGCCCAGCUAUUCGGCGUCGCUGUGGGAGGACUCGGAGUCAAUGGACGAGGGGCGAUUGGGCCGCCCGGGUCGGCGCGACGGCUUUAAGGGUGGUGGUGACUUUGUUGGGGGCGCCGCAGAGGAGGGGGGAGGCGGAAGGGGGGGCGUGUACAAAUCGUGCAGCACGUCGGCCGCCACGGACAUUACCGAUGCGGCGAUUACGUGGGAGGAGUUCAUGGGCCGGGGCGGGGCGGAAGAGGAUGGAGGCUCGCCGUGGAGCGAUGAGGGGCGGGUGGGAAAGAUCCUGUCGCGGAAUGCCGGCGGGAGGGGCGGACUGGCCAAGCUGUUCGAUCAGUGCGCGGAGGAGGGCGGGGGAAUGCGCGACCAGGCAUGCGGCGCGCAGCUGCCGCCGCUACCGCCCUACCGGUCGAGCAGCGACGUGGCGGCGUCGCUGGGCGCGUGCGCGAGCUUUCCGCGGUCCAAGGAGUGGCGGUCGCCCCUACGGCGGCAGGCCCACAGCCUGGACGAUUUGCAGGAGGCGAUGUCGGAGAGCGGGCGAUGUUGCGUGCCCUGGCUGCCCCCCCGGCCGUGCGGACACGACCUCCAGGCCGGCGGGGAGCGGGGCCCCGGGGAGCUGCCGCCCGAUCUGACCAAGUCGCUGGAGAGUAUCAUCAUCGGCAGCUUCGACGGGUCGCUGGACGCGGCCGACUGGAGCCCCCACGCGCCCACGGAGUGCAGCCGCGGCGACAUGCCGUUUUGCUUUCGGUAUCGGGACAGCGUGACGCAGAGGUCGGACCCCGAGGAGAGGUGGGACGCGUCACCCGACCGACUGAUGAUGGCCGCCUACCUGGACGGGAAUCAAUCUGAUGGAGGCAGGAGCGCCCCCGCCGGGAUCCACAGCUUCAGGUCGACCCCAUUUUCGCCGUCCCUGCUCCAGAGAUCCGACAGGCAGAUGGGCAAGGCGUGGGGCAGCUCGUCGCUGGGGAGCGAGUACCUGGUGCAGAAGAGCAACAAGACGAGCCACAGGACGAUCCUGGACGAACUGGAGCUGCUGGCGGAGAUGACCAGGGAGGAGUGCGUGUACAGGAUCGAGUGCCAGAGGAAGGCGCUCGAGAGAAUGAGGGAGGACGACCUGGCCAGGAAAGAGGCAUUUGAAUCCCUCAAGUCUGGUGUGGCACCCUCCACCAAAGUAGUGAAUCGCCUCAGGCAGAGGUGGGGUGGCAAACGAAGGGCGAAACGCAGGGAAAGGCUUGGCCUCUCUGAGCCAAGCUCCUGGAUUGACGACGUGCCCUUGCCGCUGAGGAAUGGAUGUGGCGUGCGAGCAGAACCUACAACAGCAAUGAACUUGCACCUUGAACGAAUGCAGGGGGAGUAG